AUGUGUGAAGUACAACAUCCUCAGACACGAAGCGACAAGCAACAACAGGACAGCUCCACAAGCAACCCUGUAUCAACAUCAACACCAGCUUUAACCCCGAGAUCAGCACAGGGGACCGCCGAUCACACCUCCCAAGUCGAGACAUUCUCCAUUCCCGCAACAGGUUCCGACUUUGAUCACCGCACCAUGAUCACGAUCCAGUCCCAGCAACAACAGAUUCCCCAGGACAUCUGGCUUCACAGUCCAUGGCAUCGCGUGCUCUACCAGCCGGCGUGGGGGUAUCCGCUGCAGCCCGGCGACAACAAGGUGCCAGCUGAGGCUGCCAAGCCGGAGACGAAUGGACACACAGAUAAAGGCUCUUCGGCAUAG